CCCGCAGCCGCGAUGGGCCGCAGAGCCGCCGCAGCCCGGGCGAGGGCGCAGAGCGCUCGGCGCCGGCAGCCGGCGGCCUCCCUUCGCGGGCCGCCUUCGCGGGCCGCCCGCGCCGUCUGCCCCCGCCUCUCCGACGUUAUAAACGGGGCGGGCGGCAGCGGCCGGGCCUGGCAGAGCGGCUGCCUGCUGCCGGCUGUCGCCGCCUCCCCGGGGCCUGCAGCGGUGCCGAGGCUGGCCGUGGCGCCGGCCCCCUCCAUGGCUUUCGUCCGCAAGCGGCGGCUGGAGCGGGAGCGGUACUCCAAGGAGAGGUUUUCGCUGCUGCUGCUUAACCUGGAAGAAUAUUACUUUGAACAUCACACAGCUAAUCAUAUUAUAAAUAAAGGUUGCAGAGAUGAAAGAAAAAUCAGAGGUUCUCUAAAGAUCUGCUCAAAAUCAAUUAUUUUUGAACCUGAUGAAAAAAUCCAACCCAUUAUCAAGAUACCCCUGAGAGACUGCAUUAGUAUAAAAGCCCCAGAAGACAAUGAGGGAAAUAACCCUUUCACAUGGGAUACAUCUGGAGGGAUUUCUGUUGUAUGUAAUCAGGUUUUUCUCAUUAAAGAAAGAAACAUUAUUGGACCCUAUAAAACAGUAAGAGGUAGAACUGAAUACUUAUUCCAGCUGGAUGUUGCUGGGAAACUGGGAGAUGUUGUACAAACUCUACAUCAGCUCUACAGGGCCUCUUGUCUGGAUAAGCUGGGAGAUCAAGCUGCCAUGAUAACUGCUAUACUGCAGUCACGUUUGGCUAGAACUUCGUUUGAUAAAAACAGAUUUCAGAGCAUUUCUGAAACGCUGCAUAUGGAAUGCAAGGCAGAAAUGGUGACACCCUUGGUGACUAAUCCAGGGCAUGUGUGUGUCACUGAUGCGAACUUGUACUUCCAGCCUCUUAAUGGAUAUCCUAAACCUGUAGUACAGAUAACAUUGCAAAAUGUGCGCCGCAUCUAUAAAAGAAGACAUGGCUUAAUGCCACUGGGACUUGAAGUAUUCUGCACAGAAAAUGAUCUAUGUUCUGACAUCUACCUGAAAUUCUACAACUAUCAAGAUCGAGAUGAGCUCUAUUUCCUUAUUGCUACAUAUAUAGAAAAUCAUAUUACAGAGCAUACAGCUGAAAGUUAUAUGUUACAAUGGCAGCGAGGGCAUAUUUCAAACUACCAGUAUCUCCUUCAUCUCAACAAUUUGGCUGAUAGGAGCUGCAACGAUCUCUCCCAGUAUCCUGUAUUUCCCUGGAUCAUAGCAGACUAUUCCAGUUCGGUAUUAGAUCUGACAAAGCCUGAAACAUUCCGUGACCUUAGUAAACCUAUUGGUGCCCUGAAUAAGGAAAGACUGGAUAGAUUAUUGACACGUUAUCGGGAAAUGCCUGACCCUAAAUUCAUGUAUGGGAGCCACUAUUCAUCUCCGGGUUAUGUUUUAUUUUAUCUUGUUAGAGUUGCACCAGAGUACAUGCUCUGUCUGCAGAACGGAAAAUUUGAUCAUGCUGACAGAAUGUUCAACAGUCUUGCAGAAACCUGGAAAAACUGUUUGGAUGGUGCAACAGAUUUCAAAGAGCUGAUUCCAGAAUUUUAUGAAAAUGAUUCUAGUUUUCUAGUAAACAGUUUGAAGUUGGACUUGGGAAAAAGACAGGGUGGAAAGACAGUUGAAGAUGUAGAGCUUCCCCCUUGGGCAUCAGGUCCUGAUGACUUUCUUCAGAAGAGCCAAGAGGCUUUAGAGAGUCAGUAUGUAUCAGAACAUCUCCAUGAGUGGAUUGACAUAAUAUUUGGCUACAAGCAGAAAGGAAGUGAAGCAAUUGCAGCUCACAAUGUGUUUCACCCAUUAACUUACGAAGGAGGAGUGGAUUUAAACAGUAUUAUGGACCCCAAUGAAAAAGUAGCUCUGCUGACACAAAUCUUGGAGUUUGGACAGACGCCAAAACAGCUGUUUACAAUUCCUCAUCCCCGAAGGAUAAUACCGAAGUCUAAAAGCUUGUCUCGAGCAUCUAGUCACGAUGUUUCUAUAGUUGAAUCUCCAGGUAAAUGUAUAACAGUUUCUCCAAAUGAAGAAUCAUUUGAAGACUUAACAGAAGAAAGCAUAACACUUGCUUGGAACAAUAUUGCCAAACUAAAGUUACAUGAGCAAUAUAAAAUUCACAAAGAGGCAAUAACUGGAAUAGCAGUCACUUGCAAUGGGUCCUCUGUUUUCACUACAUCUCAAGAUUCAACUUUGAAGAUGUUUUCCAGAGAAUCAAAAACACUCCAAAGAAGUGUGUCCUUUUCAAACAUGGCUUUGUCAUCUUGUUUAAUCUUACCAGGAGAUACCACUGUCAUAUGUUCUUCAUGGGACAAUCAUAUAUAUUUUUAUUCAAUUGCAUUUGGAAGACAGCAAGACGUCUUAAUGGGACAUGAUGAUGCAGUCAGUAAGGUCUGUUGGCGUGAUGAGCGUUUAUAUUCUGCAUCUUGGGAUUCCACUGUGAAGGUGUGGCACUGUGUUCCUGGAGAGACCUCGAGCAAUAAAAAACACCACUUUGAACUGCUUGCAGAGUUAGAACAUGAUGUUAGUGUAAAUACAAUCGACCUAAAUGCUGCAAAUACUGUACUAGCAUCCGGAACCAAAGAAGGUACCGUUAGUAUUUGGGAUGUUACUACAGCGACAGUGUUGCACCAGUUGCCGUGUCAUUCUGGGACUGUGUUCGAUGCUGCUUUUAGCCCUGAUAGCAGACAUCUACUCAGUGCAGGAGAGGACAACUGUUUUAAAGUAAUAGAUGUACAGACUGGAAUGCUUAUUUCUUCUGUAACUGCUGAUGAGCCACAGAGGUGCUUCAAAUGGGAUGGAAAUACUAUCUUAUCAGGAAGCUGGUCUGGUGAAUUGCUGAUUUGGGACCUUCUUGGAGGAAAAGUUAUUGAAAGAAUCAAAGGACAUACAGGUGCUGUAAUGUCCAUGUGGAUGAAUGAGCAAUGCAACAGUGUUAUUACAGGAGGGGAAGACAGACAAAUCAUGUUCUGGAAACUGCAAUACUAAGUGCCUUUCCUUCCAGACAUGUAAAUGAACUAUUUUAAACCAAACCUUUUUAAGAAACUUAACUGUGUGCAAUGAUGACUGCUGAAGUUCAAGUGGAUAGGAAGCUUUGUUCACCUACAACUUUCUAAUUUAUGGUGACUUCACUGAGAGCUCUUAACUUCCAUACUGUAUGCAUUUGUUUUUCAUUGACUAUCAUACUUGAAAGUGCUUGUCUUAAAUGUCAUCUGAGAUGAAAUUAAAGACCUAUUUUUCUGUAAUUAAAGAGCUCUUAACUUGCA